AGCGCGGUGCGGUCGAUUUAUUCCGUGUAACGCGAUACUUUGCGACAAAACUGCGGAUCAUUUCAAAAUUCCCACCCUCACCGCCAGCCGCGUUGUGUGGGUUGUCCACCCUGGAAUCUGACAGUUGUUUAUCAAUUAAGCAAAAUGUCAGGGGUUUAUUUAUAAGGUUCAAAAAGUUUUAUCAUAUUAGUGUAAGGAUUAAACAAUGUUCCAUUUAACUAAAUUAGUGUACGUUUUAAUUGACAGUUAAGUUCGGUGUUCAUCGAAUCGAUUUUUUGUUUAUCACACUUAAUUAUUUAUAAAGAUGUCUGGAGUGUUUGGUUAUAGUCGUGAAGCUGUUAGAGUUAAAGUUAAGAAAUGUGAAGGGUCACAGCCACCUGAACUGAGAAAGUUCAGUGUUGAUCCACAGAUUACUUCCUUCGAGGUGUUGCAGAGCAUUCUGGCCAAGGCUUUUGACUUGAAGGGCGAAUUCACCGUUUAUUAUAAAGUCAGUGAUGGCAGCGGUGAGACAUACAUGCCUUUAUUGUCAGACUGGGAUUUGGACGCAGCAUUCCUCAAAUCGCAUAACAUGUCGGUGGUGAACAAUUCGGAGCCGUGCCUUUGCCUGAGGGUCGACUUGAAGCCCUUCGAGGAGUACUCCGACGAAUGGCACGUCAGGCAAAACGUUCCGCAGAUCAGAAGCAACCAGGAAGUGAAAUCGUCGCCUCGCCUGCAAGGAAUCUUCAACCAAGUGGGCAAAACGCUGAACAUGGUGCAACGUGCGCUUAACAUCGGCGAAGACGGGGCCAACGCCUUCAUUCAACCACCCAGACCGCCACUUUCCGACGCGGAGUUCCGCAAAUUCCUAGACCCGGUGGGUCAAAUCGGUCACGCCAAGGAGUUGCGUUCGGUGAUUUAUUUCGGCGGUAUAGAACCCAGUUUGAGGAAGGUGGUGUGGAAGCACCUGCUCAACGUUUAUCCAGACGGUAUGACGGGCAGGGAGAGGAUGGACUACAUCAAGAAAAAGGCAGCCGAGUACGUUAAUCUGAGGGAGAGCUGGAAGACUGCAAUUGCUCAGGGACCAGUCGUUGGAGAGUUGGCAUACACCACUGGCAUGGUCAGGAAGGAUGUGCUACGCACCGACAGACAUCAUCCGUAUUAUGCGGGUAGCGAUGAUAAUCAACAUAUUGCUUCUCUUUUCAAUAUUCUCACAACCUAUGCUUUGAACCACCCUAAGGUAAGCUACUGUCAAGGCAUGAGCGACCUGGCUUCCCCCCUUCUUGUCACAAUGGACGACGAGGCUCACGCCUACAUCUGCUUCUGCGCACUGAUGGAACGCCUUUCUACGAACUUCAUGAUAGAUGGUAUCGCGAUGACGCAGAAAUUUACCCACUUAGCUGAAGGUCUCAUGUAUUACGACCCGGAGUUCUAUAACUACUUAAAAAUCCACCAAGCUGACGACUUGCUGUUUUGCUAUCGAUGGUUGUUGCUCGAAAUGAAACGCGAAUUUGCCUUCGAGGACUCGUUGCGUAUGUUGGAGGUGUUGUGGAGUUCCUUACCGGCAGAUCCGCCCGAGAAAGAGCUGAAGUUGUACGAUACCCAGUUCCAACCGCCUCAAAAAGCCACCCCACCAAUUAGCCCUCUAGUAAAGACGCCGCGUGAGAACCCUUACACAAAGGUGUGCGCCCUGCGUAGACAGAGCUCGUCUAUUUCCCUAAUCAAUUACUCCGGCAAAAAAGUCAGUACGGUCAAACGCCAGAACCAUAGCUUAGAUGAGACAAUAGGUAGAUGUAAGAACAAUAUACUAGACAUAAAAAUGAAACACCAAAGUUUAGACGAUGCGACUUUGGUGAAUAAAAGUAGAAGUAGCGAGACGUCGCCCAAAUCCCCUUCUAAAUCCCCCGUGAAAUCGCCUCAAAAAAUAAUUAAAGAUGAUUCUUUUGUCAAGUCCAGGGAAUCGAGGGACCUGUCUCCGAAGUCGCUCAAGAACGAACUGCGGCCUAGGUCCGUGUCGCCCCUGGAACAAAAAUCGGAUUCGGUCCUACUCAACAACAGGAUAAACUCGAAUCAAGUAAUAAAUAAACCGAAAUCCGCCAGUUUGUCUUCCAGUAUGACAAAUCUCAUCAAAAACAACAAAAAGGCCGGUCACUUUAAAGAUUUGAAAGACAAAAUUGCCGCUGCCAAGCUGUUCUCUUCAUUGGAUAGGUUGGACUCCGCUCAAUCGAUAAAGGAAGAAAAACCUAAAGGAAAAAUGGUGAAAAACUUAAAUGAAUUCUUGAACUUUGCUAGUGUAAAUAAAAAUAAAAUAUCAGACAGGCUGUCAUCUUUGAGCAGUAUAGACAGUACAAAUGAUAAACCAAAAAUUUUGCUCACCAAAUCUAGUUUCGACGACUCGGAGAGUUCCAGUUUUGACCGUAAUUCGUCUAGUGUAGACAGGCAAAGACAUUAUUCCUCGACGUCCAAUAGUUGUGACGAUACUUUCGAUGAGUGCAGUCCGGAUGAUUCGCAAGAAUAUUUCCCACUCACAACUUCGGUAACCAGGGAAUUAAGACUAGAAUUAGAGAAUUUGGACCGAAAAGUUUUCGGGGACAAGUUCAUAGAACGACUCUCCGAAUCGCCUUCUAGUGAAUGCAACAGCGAAAUAGUAAAAACCGACAAAGAAACUGUAUCCAAAGUAGUGGAACUGACCAACCAGAAUUUGCGGGAGAAGACCGCCAUAGAAGAAAUUUGUGAAAAAAGGAAAAGCAAAAGCGACGACAUCUUUGUCUGGGAAAACCCACUGCACCAACCAAGCCCCAAUGUGGCGAAAACCAUUCCAAAUUACAUGCCCACGCCCGAUGAACAGAUCGACUUAGAGUUCGACGACGACACUCCGACAAUCGUUAAUGAAACGUCAGCAACGAAAACGGUCACUCCCAUUAAAAUAAUCAACAUAACUCAACCGACCAAACAGACCGUGGACGAACCAACAAUCACGCAGAACACGGAAACCGUCGACGAAACGGACAACUGUCCAAGCAGCAUAAAAUUAGACAAUAUCAAUGGUGCCACAAAUAUGACGAAUUCCUGCGAAGAAGUGACGGAAGCAAUCAAAUCGUCCAAUUUGUUGCCACCACCCAACGAAUUCGGCGGCGGAAAUCCCUUCUUGAUGUUCUUGUGCAUAACCGUUUUGCUGCAGCAUCGCGAGCACAUCAUCACGACGGGCAUGGACUACAAUGAAAUGGCUAUGCAUUUUGAUAAAAUGGUCAGGAAACAUAACGUAAUACGGGUCCUAAAUCAGGCGCGGAAGAUGUACGCCCGGUACAUCAAACAGCACACAAUUGCUCUUCAAAAAAUCGACUUGAAACACGAGGACUGUUAAUAUUCUUAUUGUUUUAUUCUGAACACUUACUUACUGUGAUAUUUUAGUUUUAUUUAUAUUACCUAUUAUUAGUAUUAUUACUGUUAUUUUUGGUUUAUUUAUUUAAUAAAUUGUGCCUAUUAUUAUAAA